AUGGCUUCAACCAUGACAAACUAUAUCAGUCCUAAAGACAACAUGAACAUCAGUCCCAAAGACACUAUAAACCAUAUCAGUCCAAAAGACACUAUGAGCAGCACUAGCUCCUGCGACUAUACAGAAAUCUCUAUCUCCUCGAUAACAACUCAAGUAUGGUGGACCGCGGUCCCAUGCUGCAACACCAACUGCCUACGAUGCAAGCGAUCAAAUCCACUUCAGAGCCCAAAAGGCGAAGAAGUCAGCAAUGGCAGCGUCAUCAAUAACAACCACGAAGUUAAGCUACCAAACCCACUACUACAAAGCCCAAAAGGCGAAACAGCCAACAACAGCAGCAUCAACUACACAGCAUUCUCCACCCCCUCAUCAAAGCCAAAUCCACUGCUACAACCUCCAAACCAAUCUGCCAGCAAUGGCAACACUAUCGCUAUCACCACCAAUAACAACCACAACCACCCUCACAACCAUACUCACACUCACAAUCGCGCAAACACUCACACCCACACAAACACCACCACCACAAUUCACUUACAAACACCAAAUCCCUUCCUCAGCAACCCCCUCGUCUUCGAUCCUGCCACCAAAUCCGACACAGACCAAGAAGAAGACUUCGGCUACACCAGCGAAGAUUCUGAUACCUCAACCAUCAAAGCACCCAUCCAAAUCACAAAAACACCACUAUACCACUAUCACGCCGCCAUCAACGCCAUAAAGCAAAAGAAGAUCAAGUCGGUGAAGAAGCAGAAGGCACAGGUUGUGCAGAUGAUGACGAUGAUGAAGGAGGUAUUGGAGAGGGAAGAAGUCACACAAAUGAACGGGAGGAUGAAUUUGAAGAAGAGGUUUUUGGAGAUGGCGAGGAGGGAGUUAGGAUUGAAGACGGGGACGGAGAGGACGGUGAAGGAGAAGAAGCAGCAGCAUCAUCGUUGGGGUAGGCGUCUUGGGUUGGGAGAGAAGUUGAGAAGUGUUUUUGAUUAA